AUGGUAUCGGCGGGGAAGCACACCACGUCGUCUGGUCGGCCAGGGAGCCAAGGAGUUCGGCGAACGAAUUUGGCGUACAGACGCUCCAGCGUCCCAUUGGUGGGGCAGCUGGGACCUGUAGACAACGAGCUUCCCCAGCCGACCAAGCGACGUAGCGUACACAUGGGGCCCCUGCCAGUGUACAGGAAGGCGGCAAGGGAGCGGCAGGACCUGCACCGCUCUCGCGCGGGGCAUCGUGCAGGAAAGCAGCAGGAGGGACAGCGUCUCCUCUUGCGUCUCGGCCGGCGGCCAGCGUUCUCCCUCGGCCGAGCGCCCGUCAGAGCGGCACCAAAGGACAAGCGCGCGUGCGAGGAGGCGCUGCUGGCCGCGAGCGCCGCCGCGGCCGCCUGGACUCAGGACCCGGUGGUGAGGCGGCGGGCGCGGGCGGAGGGCCAAGGCGGACUGAUCUCGGCGGGGGCGCAGCUGGACCCCGUCGCGUGA